GAGCAGAUCGGAGCAGGCAGCAGGCAGCAGCAGAUUCUAUAAUUAAACAAAGUAUGUCUAGUUGUGUGCGUACAUGUGAGUAAUCCGAAGAAUAAGAACUACAAAAUACAGCGAGCGAUCUACAUUUAAAAGAGAAACGAACGAAAAUAACGCGAACAAAACCAAACAAACACUAGAGGAAAACGCAAUUACAGCAGAGCAACCGAGAGAGUGAGCGAGAAAGAGAGAGAGAGAGAGACAGAGCAGAGAACGAGCAGCACAAAGCAACAAACCAAAAAUAGACGAACACACAGACGACUAACGCUGUCCGUCCCACGGUGCGUAUACUCAAUGAAGCCAGAAGCCGGGCCACCACCCGCUCCACUCCAUUGACUCAUCCCUCGAAUCCACAUCUCUCUCUGCAAACAGCUGCUGCUCCCCCACACACAGACAAACAAACACGAAAGAUACAAUCAAUUACGAUCCCCCUGAGUGUGCUCAAGUGUUUAUCUGUAUCUGUAUCUGUGUGUGUGUGUGUGCGCGACAAUCCAUAGCUAGAAAAGAACUUCGGGCUCGGGUUCCUCCAUUCAUAUUCAUAUUUGGAAUAUCUCCGGCACUGUUUUUGGAAUUAUUACUUCUGGCUUAUGGCUUUGAGGCUGGACUUUGAGCGCGUGCCUGUCCAGCAUAAUUAAACGAUAGACGAAUGAGAAAGAGCGUAUCUAUGAAGUAGAUAAAUAUCUUUAUACGAAAUAAAACUAAAGAGCUGCAACAACAGCAACAACAGCCAAGCAGCAAUCGAAUCGACGAACACAAAUAUAUAUAAAUACAAAAGCUCGAAACAAAUUGGAAGAAGCAUAUACUUUGCACAAAAAGACCAAGCAAUCUGACUCUGCAAAGAUUGUAUUAAGGAGAGAAUUCAACUAAAAACUCGAACAGAAGAAAGGAUCGGAUCGGAUCGGAUCAGAUCAGAGAGGAAUCAACUAUUGUGAUAUGUACAAAUUUACUCAAAUACUGAAAAAACACUGAGAAACCUAGAACCUAGAGGUCUAUUCCAAGGAACCCCAGUUGUAAAUCAAUUAUCGAGAGGAUAAUCUAUAAUCUACCAAAGAUUAGGCUAAACAGAUCAGAGAUCAGAUCAGAACCAGAACCAGCACGGAAAUGGCCGAGAAAGUGGAACACUCACAGGCCAGCCUGAACAGUCAACAGAAUGAUGCUCGAAAGGUGCGCAAGUCGCCCGACUUUCAGCCCAUGAUGCCCGGCGUUAUAUCCAGAGAACGCAGCUUUGUCCGCACUUCGAACCAACAGAAUAUCAACAAAAGGCGCAGUCUGGCCUUCAAUGUUCCUGGAAAUCAGCAGUCGGGACAGAUGAGGGGCAAGCCCGCUAUGGAUAUAUACCGACCGCCAAAUGUGCGCGGCGAAAUGGCUGCUCCGAUCGGUGGUGGUGGUGGUGGUGGUGCAGGUGCAGGUGCAGGUGGUGUAAACAAACUGAAUGUGAAUGCCCAGGAGUUCACGAUGACGGGCAACUGCUCGCCAACCGAGGCCCUCAGUAAUCGUUCGUCGCUAAUCUUCCCCACCAACGUCCCCGGCCAGAGCCCCUCUUUGGGCCAGUACGUGAAUAUGAAUGUGAACGUGAACAGACGGCAGGCGGGUCUCUCGCUGGGCAACAUGCCCGGCGGAAUGAAGGCCAGCCACCAUCGCUCCAUUUUGGUGACGCAUCCAAUCAGUCCUCUAGCGGGUAGUCAAAUGCCUCUCAUGAACUCCCCCUCCAGUGGCAAUAUACUCCAUACAACGAAUCGGGUAAAGUUUGCCCCAGAGCCCAGGGGCCAGCAGAAGUCUUCGGCAUCCCAAAACCAGUUCCAGCAGAACUAUGGACAGCAAUAUCAGCCGAACCUCAAUGGCUCUAUCGAUCCGUAUAUGAACGGCAAUGCCCUGCAACGCUCCAAGUCCCUGUCGUCGGCUGAUGCCCUGACCCGUGGCAUGGCCGGUCUGGGCCUGGGCCUGGGCAACGAGAUGUCCGACAUUGGAGGGUUCACGCCGGAGAUCCAGGCCUUGAUCGACACCGCUCUGGAGGAUCCCAAUCAGCUGAACUCGCGCUGCCUCAUGGAGCUGACUUCACAGUUCAUCAAGCGGGCGGUGGAGAGCCGGCGCUUCGCCUUGCCCAUCUCCCGUCUAUGCCUCAAUAUCAUAGCCAGGGAGCAGAAGGAGACCUUCCUCGAGGCGUUGCUCAAUACGUGCCGUCAAUGGUACCAGGAACGCGAAAAGCUACUGUUUGCCAUCCAGGGCAUGAAGUCACCUUCCCGCGUACGUUUUACAGCCUUCAUGGCCUUCCUCACGGAGAUGUUCUGCCAGCUGAAGCGGCGCCAAAUCCAGCUGCGCACCCACCACGAGGGAACACCUCCUCCAUUGGUCCUGCUCAGCCUGCUGUCCAAGUGCUGUGAGGAUUGUGUGCGUCCGCCGAUUCACUCGCUGUCAGAAGUUGAGUGUCUGUUCUAUGUUCUAACCUGCAUUGGCCAGGACGUGGAGCAGCAGCUGCCCCAGCAGCUGGAGCUGCUCAUGAGCCUCGUGCGCGAUGCCUUCUUGAAUGCGGGCGAAUCGGCUGCUGCCAUCCGUCGGACACUGCUGCAACUCAUCGAGCUGAAGGCCUCCCACUGGCAGCUGCCCGGAAACACGGUCCUCUACUACACCCGCAACAACAACUAGGCGGACAAUCUAGUGUGGAUCCACAGAAAGGGAAGGGACUGGGAUCAAGGGGGUUGAUGGUCGGGCAAUCGCAAGACAUUAUCAGCUAUCUUUACUGUUGUCGAUUUGCAUUUAGGCCUGCAAACCUUCUGUUCUAUUUAUCUUACUCUUACUCUUACCUAGGCUAAGCGAUACAUAUUUAUUUUGGAACCAGCAAUAGUGACACUAACCCCGAGGACUUCAAUUCACUUCACACCAAGCCCCAGUACCAAAUGAGGUCCAAUGCGACUUCGGUUUCCGCGGACUCAGCGCUAAUCUAAGGCUCAAUUUUUAUGUGAAUCCAUAUAUUUACUUGUAAUAAAUCACUGCUAGUCAAAAGUGUA